CACUCACAUCCAUCGCAAUGUCUGUCCAGGAGCGCACCUACAUCAUGGUCAAGCCCGACGGUGUCCAGCGCGGGCUCGUCGGCAACAUCAUCAACCGCUUCGAGCAGCGCGGCUUCAAGCUCGUCGCGCUCAAGCUCGUCCACGCCACGCCCGAGCACCUCGAGAAGCACUACGCUGACCUCAAAGGCAAGGCCUUCUUCCCCGGUCUCAUCAAGUACAUGGCCUCCGGCCCCGUCGUCGCCAUGGUCUGGCAGGGCCUCGACGCCGUCAAGACCGGCCGCGUCAUGCUCGGUGCUACCAACCCCCUCGCCUCCGCCCCCGGCACCAUCCGCGGCGAUUUUGCGCUCGCCGUCGGCCGCAACAUCUGCCACGGCUCCGACGCGGUCGAGUCCGCCGAGCACGAGAUCAAGCUCUGGUUCCCCGAGGGCGUCACCCAGUACGAGAGCACCCUCGCCAGCUGGAUCUUCGAGUAAAAAAGCACGCGUGCGGCGCGGCCCCCGCGCGGCGCGAGAAGAGAUGAGAAGAAGCAGUUUGCAUGUGUUGUUUGUUGUAGGCGAUAUCGAUUGUAGACAAAAAAAUAUACAUCAUAGCCGUGGAAGCG